CCCACCCCCUUACAGAACUUAAAAAAGGAGUGUGCAGGUAACAAAACGUUUACUUGGGACCCAACUGCUUUCCUUCUGCUUCUGGACUCUGGGCAGCACACAAAUUGAAAUAUGAAAGUUCAUGAAGAUUACCACUCUUUGGUCCAUUGUAUAGGUUCUCUGGAUUUCUCUGGGGAAGCUGUUCCAUGCAAGCUGUUGCUAACAGGAGACACUGCAUUCCCUGUGCUGGUAACUCCAAAAAAAGAUGUGCUCAUUGCUGCUGCUCGUUAUGGAAAAGGAAAAGUAGUGGUUAUGGCCCAUGAGGGUUAUCUAAACAUGAAUGAGUUUAUGGACUUUUUGAAAAAUGCGGUAUCUUGGUUAAGGCCAAAUUCAGAAGCCAACAUUGGGGUGCAAAAUGCAUUACAUCUGCUUGCAGAUAAUCUCUCUGUCUACGGUUCCAGAGUCCAAAAGACUUCCACCCUGACUGAGGGCCUAGGAGUGUUCUGUACUAAUGGAUAUGAUGAUAGCCAGGCUCAGCAGAUCAUUUCAUUUGUGCGAGAAGGGGGAGGCCUGCUGAUUGGCGCUCAGGCUUGGCACUGGUCCUACAGCCACAGAGAGGAAAAUGUCCUCCACCAUUUUCCAGGAAACAAAAUUAUAUCAGUUUCUGGGGUGUACUUUACCAGUGACUAUGGAGAGAAAGGAAAAUUCUGUGUGACUGAGAAUAUACCACAGACUACAAUUUAUACAAGUUUUGACUUCUCACUCGACCAGAAGUACCUUCUGAAUGGCAUGUCUCAGCUGGACAUCAGUGGGUCAAAUAUUCCUUCAGAUCUUCUAUUGCAUGGUGCUUUGUCAUUUCCAAUUGGGCUAAGUGAAAACAAGCAAUGUUUUCUUGGUGCUACAUAUUAUGGCAAAGGACGAGUGGUUGUAGCAACACAUGAAAGUUACCUAUCCAAACCAGAGCUCAAAACAUUAAUGCUCAAAGUCAUAUCUUGGCUAGAUAUAAACCAGAACAGAAGAAUUGGUGUUCACAAGAACCUGGGAAGCUUUGCUGAGCUUUUGAAGGGAGAAAACAUCCCCUGUAAUGUAUCUAGUUUAGUCUCUGAUCUAAGUGUUUACUGCUGCAAGUCCUACAGUGAUGCAGAAGCAAAGGCCAUCCAUCAGUUUGUUGCAGAGGGUGGAGGACUUCUUAUUGCUGGCCAUGCCUGGUAUUGGUCCUAUCAGAAUUCAGACUUGGAUGUCCUUACCCACUACCCUGGAAACAAGAUAUUGAAUAAGUUUGGCAUUAGCAUACUGGAUAGAACCAUUCCUGAGGGCAAUUAUAAGGCAAUCAAUCCAGAUAAAACCAAUGAACAGUAUCACUUUCACAGAGCACUUUGUAAUUUGCAAACUGAACUUCAGAGCAGUGCAGAACUGAAACCUCCCUUGAGCACCUGGAUGAUCAAGCUUAGGCAGGAUGUCACCGCUUUUAUGAGGCUCCCAGCCAGUCCUAUCAUCAGCUCCAUUCAGAGUCAGUUUGUAGAAAUGAUGCGAACAUGUGAUAUACCUAAGGUCAGCAAGGCGUGUCCUGUGAGCAGCUGCUCCAAAGAAGCAUUAAUCUUGUGUUUGGCCCAUGAAACCUUUACUGUGAGCCAGGAGUGUGAUGAAUCAAAUAAUCUGGAAAAGGGACCUUCAGUCACUGUUGAGAUUGAUGGCACAAACCCUGGUAAUGAUGCCUGGAGAAGCACUGGCCUGUACUUGGCUCCCAGAAAGACAGCAGUUCUUGAGUUUCCUGCGUCAGUUGUGCAGCAAGGUCUUAAGGUGCAGGUUGGCUGUCAGGCAGACGAUUUGAGCUCUGCAGAAAAGUAUUGUCGUGCCCCUGUUGUUGUUCGCAAAUGUCAUGUUGAUAGACAAAAAGUUUCAGUGUCCUGUUUCUGGGGAGGACUUCUAUACAUCAUUGUGAAAGCUAACAGCAAUUUGGGUAUAAUCCCAGUUAAGGUGUAUGGAGCAGAACCAGCCCCAGUCUAUAUAAAAGGUAAGACUAACCUUGACUCAUGGUUACAAUCAGUUCGCUAUUUGCCUGCUCCAUGGGCAGAGCUGAUUACAGAGAACAUUAUCUUAACCGUACCCUCAGAUGCUAUUCGCUCACUAAGUGAUCCAGAAGCGCUGCUGUCUCUUUGGGACAAGAUAAUGGUCUCUAUUACUGAGCUUGCAGCCAUACCAAAGACAUUUCCACGUCCUGAGCGAUUUGUUGCAGAUGUGCAGAUCUCAGCAGGUUGGAUGCAUGCUGGAUAUCCCAUUAUGUGCCACUUGGAAUCAGCUAAAGAACUGACUGACCUAAACGUUAUGCAGACAGUAGGAAUCUGGGGUCCAAUACAUGAACUAGGACAUAAUCAGCAGAAAAUAAACUGGGAGUUUCCACCCCACACAACGGAAGCCACAUGUAAUCUAUGGUCUGUGUAUGUGCAUGAAACAGUUCUGGGAAUCCCACGGAAUAAAGCACACGGUUCUCUACAGCCAGAAACCAGGGCCUGUUAUAUACAGGAAUAUGUGAAAAAUGGAUCCAAUUUGGAACAAUGGGAUGUAUGGACAGCAUUGGAGACCUAUCUACAGUUGCAAGAAGGCUUUGGCUGGGAACCAUUCAAGCGGUUAUUCAAAGACUACCAGAGCAUGUCGGGCAUCAGUAAUGACAACAAAUCAAAGAUGAACCUGUGGGCAGAGAAGUUCUCUGAGGCUGUGCAAACCAAUCUCAUUCCAUUCUUUGAGGCCUGGGGAUGGCCCAUUGAGGAAGCAACUCGCAUUAAAUUAUCUGCAUUGCCUGUAUGGGAGAAGGAUCCCAUGAAGCCAUAUCUUAGUGCAAUCAAAUCAUAAAAUGAACAUAACUGACUUCAUUAUUACUGUUCUUCUUUAGUUGUAUAUCUUCUGCUUUAUACUACCACAUGCUUCUUUAGACACAUAAAAAAAGAAUCAAGAAAUAUACAAAGCUAAAUAGAUUAAACCCAUGUAAGCAAUCCCUGAGGUCAAGUAUUGCCGUCUUUGCUAGACAUUAACUGCACAUUAACUUGCCUACCAGUGGGAAGCAACAACAGCAAGUUAUUGGAUUGGAAAUCCGGACUAAGCAAUAUGUAGUGUGACACCCUAACAUAAUGGUUAUCAUAUAGUGCAUUUUAUUUUUCAUGUUUUUUUUUUUUUUUACUUCAUCCCAAGAGGGAUGAGUUCUGAAUAGGUGAUGUUUGCCUGUGAAUUUUGUCUGUAAAUUGAGAAUUUCAAUAUACUCCAUUUACAAGUCUAUUGCUUAUGAAUAUUUUAUUGCAAUGAUUUUAUAACUAAUUUUUAACAAAUAAUAAAAACUAAUACAAAAAAA